CUUGGCACUUUCUUGGCUCUCGGCCGCCUUCCUUCCCUGCCCUUCCCUCUUCCUCCCUCUCCCACUCCCACUACUCCCAACUCAUCCACACCGCCACUCCUCUUCUUCUCUUCUCUCUCUCUCUAUCUCUCUUCUUCAUCGUUGACACUACUCUCUUCCACGUCGUCGAUUACAUUCUGUCUCAGAUCCCCAUCGUCGCAUCUUCAUCGUCUCCCAACUCCGCCCCGUCGACUAGCACCGCCCCCACCGCUCUCCGGCCUACGUCGACCGCAGCACGCCGCCUGCGUCGCUCCCCCUUCCAACAUCAUUCUUCCCGAAUCGAUCCUCCAGCCCCCCAUCGCAUCUUCGCUUAUCGCUAGCCAUGGCUUACCCUCCUCUGCCAACAUCUCAGUACCUGCAUACACCGACGGGCUCGUCGGCGUCCGACUCUGCCUCCUCCGUUGACCCUCUUACCCCCAAUUCGGCCGUCACCGCGAUGUCGCGUACCUCCCCCCCUGAUGUCGAGGAGCGCGACGAGCUUGACCCCGACGUCCCAGAACGUGCCGUUCCCAUCAAGGAGCCGGCGCAGGAUGAGGGCAUCAGAUGCAAGUGGAAGGACUGCACCUACUCGGCACCAGGUGCCGAGGAUCUGUACACCCACCUUUGCGAGACCCACAUUGGUCGCAAGUCGACCAACAACCUUUGCCUGACCUGUGGUUGGGAGGGCUGUGGCGUCAAGUGCGUCAAGCGUGACCAUAUUACGUCCCAUCUUCGUGUCCACACCCCGCUCAAGCCCCACCCUUGCUCGGUCUGCGGCAAGACGUUCAAGCGUCCUCAAGACCUCAAGAAGCACGAGCGUAUCCACACCCAGGAGCACCACCAGCUGCACAAGCUCUCCAAGGCCACCACUUCAACCGACCCGGACUUCAAUGCGCGCUACCCGUCUGCACGCGACGAGCGCCGCAUUUCCAAUGGCGGUCUUCCCCACCAGCGCUCGCCUGCGUUCUCGCUGUCGCCCUCCUCGUCCGCUCAUGACCCGCACUCGCCCAACGACUACCUUGGUCUGCCUCCUUCCGGGCAUGGUUUCACCACGCCGUCGCCCCUCGCCAUUGCUGCUCUCCACAAGAAGCAGCAUGAGGAGCUCGCCGCCUACCAGCAGCGUGAGCUCUUCGCCCUCCAGCAGCUCGCAUACCAGCAGCAGCAGUCGUCGGCUCUUGCCGCUCAGCUGCAGUCUGAAGCCCUCGGCAAGGGCGUCAAGCGCGGCAAUGAGGAUGCCUUUGACAACUUCAUCGAGGACAUGAAGCGCCGCAAGAUGGAUCCCGUUUACGAUGUCGAGAUGAUUUCGCGUCUUAACUCGAUCAUGCCCCCUGGUCUCCCAGCCGCUUAUCAGUCGCUUGGCGGCAACCCGGGUCUCCCCAGCAACAUCUCACCGUUCUCGUACCCAUCGCUCCCGAACAUCGGUCAUGGACACAACGGCCAGGCCCCCUCGGUGCCUCCUAUCCAGAUCCCGGAGAUCCGCACUGAGCAGGAUCUCGCCAUGUUCAACCAGUUCAUGGUUUCGCUUGGCCGUGAGGCUGCCGGUGGCAUGCCUGGCCACGACUCCAACUCGAGCCAUUCGUCGUCACGCAACUCCCUUUCGCCCCUCUCGGCAGCUGAGAACUCGCCCAUCGAGGACCUGUUCAACCCCUCGGAGCUUGCUUCCCUCGGCCUCGCUGGCAUGCCUGGUAUCCCGACCUCGACGCCCUCGCCCAACGGCUCGGUGUCGCUCGGCUCACUCUACCCUUCCUUGGAUGGCAUUGACGGUGGCCGUCCCCGCGCUGGGUCGGUUAACGAGCUCGAGCACUCGCGUCGUCCCAUCGCUGGCCUUCCUCGCUCGGGGAGCCACUCGGCAGCCUCCAAGAUGGGCCACGGUCAGCUUUAUGGUGGUGUCUCAGCCUCGCAGUACCCUCAGGUCCCAGAGUGGAACGUUUCGCCCGCCAAUGGUGACGGCCAGAACUACGCCUCGUUCGACUCGCUGGGAUCGCGCUCGCGUUCUUCAAUGCCCGCAGCGACUCUCGCACCCCGCGACUUCUACAAGCGUACCUUCCGGCACAUUGCGCCCCUCGGUGCCGCUCCUCACACUGAAAGCAGCGAGCGCUCCACUGUGGAUGACGAGGAUUCGGCGUCGGACACAUCGUCUGACGGUACUACCGGCCCUAGGAUACCGAUCGAUGCGCUCUGCUCUGGCGACCCGAGCCUCAAGCUUCCGGCCAUCGGCAACCACGAGUUCGAGGGCACACCGCUUCCCUCGCUCCGCAGCUUGCGCCACCGUGGCGUCUCCCCGGCCCGCAACCCGCCCGUCAAGCGGCACACGGACGACACGCUGGUGCACGGCGUCAAGCGUCUCGAGCUUGAGGACCGAACCCGCUCGGACUCGCCGGUUUCGCAUGACGGUGAGAGCCGCCCGUCCACUGCCUCUCCCGAGGACGUGCGCCGCCGCCACGCCGCACUUAUCCGCGCGUGGCUCGUUGCCGUCAACCUCGAGUUUAAGCGACGCCAGGUGUCUGAAAUGUCCCGUUUCGACCGGGAGCGCACUCCCACCCCGGCCUCGCCCAUGAUCACUGCCUAGAAAGUCGCUAUAGAACCCGCUGCGCGGAAGCGUUAGUUGUACAAGUAUCGUGUCCUGCUGUAUGAAAUGAAAGCGCGUGUCUGAAUG